AUGACGGAUCAGCAGCGCAAGCCAACCACACAUCUCAUUGGAGGUUUCUGCGGUGGACUAGUUUCAGCAAUUAUACUACAACCGUUUGAUUUAGUGAAGACAAGGCUCCAACAGGAUAACAGCAGCACAUUAUGGUCAACUCUUAAGAAGAUCGAGACGCCUGGACAGCUGUGGCGUGGUGCUCUGCCGUCAUGCAUUCGGACUUCUGUUGGUAGUGCGAUAUACUUAACGAUGUUGAACAGCGUGAGACAGGCGAUGAGCAAAGGGAAGAGCAAGGCUCAUGGGAGCAGCUAUUUACCGCAAUUGAACAUGUACGAGAACAUGAUAUCGGGUGCAUUAACAAGAGCUUUGACGGGACUUCUUACAAUGCCGAUUACUAUUAUCAAGGUACGGUAUGAAUCCACAAUGUACAAUUACACAUCGCUUAGCGAUGCGACCAGACAUAUCUUUGCAACCAAUGGGAUCCGAGGGUUCUUUACAGGGUUUGGUGCUACGGCAUUGAGAGAUGCUCCAUAUGCGGGGCUAUACAUGCUAUUUUACGAUCGUUUAAAGGAGAUUGUGCCGACGUUGCUUCCCAACUCACUAGUGAAAUUGAACAAGAACCAGCAUUACUCGACGUACACUUCGACCUUGAUCAACGGAUCAAGCGCAUUUUCUGCUGCUGUGAUUGCCACGACGAUCACGGCUCCAUUCGACACGGUGAAGACGAGAAUGCAGCUUGAUCCUUCGAAGUUCAACCGGUUUACAUCGACUUUCUGGUACAUUGCCAGCAAAGAGGGAAUAAGACACUUAUUCGAUGGACUCAGCUUACGGCUUACCAGAAAGGCCUUCAGCGCUGGUAUUGCAUGGGGCAUCUACGAAGAGAUAAUUAAAAGGUUUGUCUAG